UGAACCAUAUUGAUAUUGAAUUUUCGUUGCAAAUGCUUCCAGAACAAAUUUGACUGGGUAGCAAAUUGCAUUCUUAGCAUAACGAGCAAGUAUUGUAUGUAGUUAGAAAGAAACUAAAAUAAAUUAUGGAAAAUAAGCGUAGAAUUUGGAGGGAAAAAAGAGAACGGAAUAUAUACCGUCGGCGAGUUUCCAGCCAAGAUGAUUUAUGGUACCAUUCCUGUUUUGUUUCGGAAGAAAGGUAUGAUGGUCAUGAUAUGCCCAAUGUCUCGUCAUUUCAUAAGACAAGGUCAAGUCUGGAAACGGGAACAUUUUCAGAAGUGGUAUUUCCUAAGAUGGAAAGUGAAAGGACUGUGUUGCAGAAUGUCAUUGAGAGGCUGAGGUGGAAAGAUUCUAAAUCUGUAACUGCCCAGCGCACACAAUUGGAUACUACUUGUAUUAAAGAGGAUGACAUCAGCAUGAAAACAAUUGAUGAUGCACUGAUGGUCGCAGUCACUAAUCUCCAGCAUUUAGGAUUAACAGAUCAGAAACUGAAAAACUUACAGUCUGCAUAUGAAAUGGAGAGGCUUCAGUUUUCUCAAAACAUAUGUAGAACAUUUUCAGAAAUUGCACAUUCAUGCGAAACAAGAAAAAGAAAACUUCUAGAUGACGUGAAGACUUGCUAUGAGUGCAGGCUUGCUAAGAUAAAAGAUAGGAGAGAGAAAAUUGAAAAGAAGACAGCGAAUCUGAAUGCUGCCUGUAAUGCUGCCUUACAUAUCAAAGAUCUGAGUAGUAGUGGAGCCCAUUGGGAGCAUCAGAAAGUGGAAGAUAUAAUUGAAGAUUUGCAAUGUCCUGUGUCUGAAGAAUGUUUAUUGCUAGAUCCUUUAUUGACCGGAUCACAGACCAGAAACGUGAGAAUACAUUCAGAAAAUGUGAUUGCAGCUAUUGAAAAUAUUGGAAAGGCUGAGGUCAAUACAUAUGAAAGUUGCCACAUUUCACCGUGCCUGUAA